UCUACACAAACUCGCAUAUCAGAUGUCUAACGCAUUGUUUCAAACGAUUUUCUGAGUUCAUUCAUCCACACACACAUAUAUAUACACACAUAUAUAUACAUAUAUAUUUGUCCCGAAGAUCAAAGAGAUUCCUAAUCUAUCAUGGGUUUUUGGCGCUUAGCUCAAUCUUCAAGAGUUUCUUCCUCUUUCUUCAAGCUUCGGAAUUAUCGUGCGUAUGGGACUAAGGCCACAGCUUCUCAGCAGCAGCAGUUUCCGAUCUCGAGAGAACGUGAUGGGGAUUAUGCCGACGUGGACUGGGACAACCUCGGAUUCGGUCUCGUACGGACGGAUUAUAUGUUCAUCACGAGGUGCUGCAGAGAUGGAAACUUCGAACAGACUUGCCUUAGCCGUUACGGCAACAUCGAAAUCAACCCUGCUGCUGCAGUUCUCAACUAUGGCCAGGGUUUGCUCGAAGGUACAAAAGCAUACAGAAGAGAAGACGGUAAGAUUCUUCUGUUCCGCCCAGAUCAAAACGCUAUACGUAUGAAGAUUGGUGCGGAGAGAAUGUGUAUGCCUUCGCCUUCUGUUGAACAAUUCGUCGACGCUAUCAGGCAAACCGUUCUUGCCAACAAGCGCUGGGUUCCUCCCCCGGGCAAAGGCUCUUUCUAUCUAAGACCUUUGCUCUUCGGAAGCGGGCCGAUGUUGGGUGUUGCUCCAGCACCGGAAUACACAUUCCUGGUUUUCGGUUCUCCGGUUCAGAACUAUUUUAAGGAAGGCAAGUCACUGCUGAACCUUUACGUGGAGGAGGAAGUGUCACGAGCCUUUCGAGGAGGAACUGGAAGCGUCAAAACCAUUGCCAACUACAGUCCAGUUCUUGAACCGAUGAGAAGAGCGAAGGAGAGAGGGUUUUCAGAUGUAUUGUACCUGGACGCAGAGAACAGGAGCAAUAUAGAAGAAUCAUCUGCUUCUAAUGUGUUCCUUGUGAAGGGGAAUGUGAUAGUGACUCCGACUACCAGCGGAACGAUUCUCGAAGGGAUAACGAGAAAGAGCGUUAUAGAGAUCGCACUAGACCUAGGAUACGAGGUGGAAGAACGCCCGGUUUCGGUGGAUGAGCUAAAGAAGGCAGAUGAAGUUUUCUGCACGGGAACCGCCAUUGGAGUUGCUUCAGUUGGAAGCAUAACUUACCAGAACAAAAGAACUGAGUUCAGAGUGAGAGACGACGACGGUCUUGUUGCAGAACAGAUUCGAUCUGCUCUUGUCGGAAUCCAAACUGGUUCAAUCGAAGACAAAAAGGGUUGGGUUCUUCAGAUUGACUGAAUCAUUUUUUUUUAUAUAUAAAAUCAUCAGAUACUCUCAUGAAGCUGAACACUCCCUUCUAAGUUCAGGCUAUUACAAGCUUUUACUUUGUAAUAAUAUUAUUACAUAAUAAUGAAAUGAUAUUAUCAUAAACUAUACGGAAAUACAAUUUCACAAAUGGGUUUCGGC